GCGCGAGCCCUGGACUCGAAGCAGCCAUGAUGGAAGGCCUGGAUGACGGCCCCGACUUCCUCUCGGAGGAAGACCGCGGACUUAAAGCAAUAAAUGUAGAUCUCCAGAGUGACGCUGCUCUGCAGGUGGACAUUUCAGACGCGCUCAGUGAGAGGGAUAGAGUCAAGUUCACCGUUCACACAAAGAGUUCAUUGCCAAAUUUUAAGCAAAAUGAAUUUUCAGUCGUUCGACAACAUGAGGAAUUUAUCUGGCUUCAUGAUUCCUUUGUUGAAAAUGAAGACUAUGCAGGUUACAUUAUCCCACCAGCACCACCAAGACCUGAUUUUGAUGCUUCACGGGAAAAACUGCAGAAGCUUGGAGAAGGGGAAGGGUCGAUGACAAAGGAAGAAUUCACAAAGAUGAAACAGGAACUGGAAGCUGAAUACCUGGCGAUCUUCAAGAAGACAGUUGCAAUGCAUGAGGUGUUCCUGUGUCGGGUUGCAGCGCAUCCUAUUUUGAGAAAAGAUUUAAAUUUCCACGUCUUCUUGGAAUACAAUCAAGAUUUGAGUGUUCGAGGAAAAAAUAAAAAAGAAAAACUCGAGGAUUUCUUUAAAAACAUGGUUAAGUCAGCAGAUGGAGUCAUUGUUUCUGGAGUAAAGGAUGUAGACGACUUCUUUGAGCACGAACGAACAUUCCUUUUAGAGUAUCACAACCGAGUUAAGGAUGCAUCUGCUAAGUCGGACAGAAUGACAAGAUCUCACAAAAGUGCUGCUGAUGAUUACAAUAGAAUUGGGUCUUCAUUGUAUGCUUUAGGAACUCAGGACUCUACAGAUAUAUGCAAGUUUUUCCUCAAAGUUUCAGAGCUGUUUGAUAAAACAAGAAAAAUAGAAGCUCGGGUGUCUGCUGACGAGGACCUCAAGCUCUCUGACCUAUUAAAGUACUACUUGCGGGAGUCUCAAGCAGCUAAGGACCUCCUCUAUAGAAGGUCUAGGUCGCUGGUAGACUAUGAAAAUGCCAAUAAAGCACUGGACAAGGCAAGAGCGAAAAACAAAGAUGUUCUACAGGCUGAAACUUCCCAACAGUUGUGCUGUCAGAAGUUUGAAAAAAUAUCUGAAUCUGCAAAACAAGAACUGAUAGAUUUUAAGACAAGAAGAGUUGCUGCAUUCAGAAAAAAUUUAGUGGAACUUGCAGAACUAGAACUGAAGCAUGCAAAGGGCAACCUUCAGCUCCUUCAGAACUGCCUUGCGGUUUUAAAUGGAGACACAUAGGCUUCACUCUGCCUUCUGUCAAAAAGGGCUGCCUUCAAAUCCAGUUUGUUUUCCUGACGACCUCCCUCCGGCAUCUAAGCUCACUGGGAACAACAGAGACAGCGGGCACAGUGCAUCAGCUCUUCUUCUGAGAGACAGUGGAGCAGCAGGGCUCACCGGCUGCAGGGCAGCGGCCUGCCACCUCGCACUCCACCUUCCAAGAAGCCCAAAGUUCUACCCUCUCUUUUCUUUGAGAAGCCUGUCUUACUGUGUUUAUUUCCUAUGUGGCGGUUCUGUGGCUGCAGGCCUUAUUUACCUAAGAAUCGCUUGUCCUGUUUUAACAUUCUCAAAGUACUCUCUGUUCACACAAGAUAAAGGUUGCCUUUCUGAAUAUUUUUUAAGCAUCCUGUUCCCUUAGUUCUUUCAUGUAUCUGUGUAAAGCGUCUUAACGAGACUUACUUUGAAUUAAUGAACGUAGAAGUUUCGGGUCAGACUUUAUGUAAGCUUUAUAAGUAUGAUCUCUGAAGAAAAGCAGAUGCGUUAGUAUGUUUGCCUUAAACUUGUGGACUAAACCAAUAUUGUAAACGCCCAGAGACAGCAGUGGCGUUUUGACUCCAUGCUCCUUGUAUGGCUCUGGAAUUCAGGGUAGCGAUAAUAAAUCUACUCCGGCAUUAUGCUUUACAGUGAA